AUGAAGCAACUAGAAUAGCUUAAAUCUAUGAAAAUUAAUUAAAGUAGUAAGUAUGAUUUAAUUGGUAAUAUGGUAGGAGGAAAUGUAAAUUAUUUUAAGCUUUCAAAAUAAUUUUUCGAUAAUUCCAUUAUUCCUUUGCUUUAAAAGAAUGGUAAGUUUUAGAAAACUUUAUGAAGGAGGACUAAAAGAGAAAGUUAACUUUUUUGAUUUAGAUAUAGAUAAAGUGAAUUAAGUAGAAAAAAUAAGAAAUUUAGAACUAAUGCUAAGAGAUGGUAGUAAAAUAGUUUUAUAGGAAUUAGAAACCUUACACACCUAGUGUUAAAAUUAGCAUAAAAAUUUUAGACAAAAGUAAAAUAUAGAUUUAAAUUCAUAAUAGGAAUAAACUAAAAUAUAAAAGUUUUUAAAUGUGGAUUUGUAGUAGGAUAUUAAGGAAAUUUAUUUUAUACACUUGUAUUCUUAGAUUUUUAAAACAUUAUAAAAUUAAAAAAUGAAAUUAGAAUCUGAUAAAUAAAAAACAAAAGAGAAUUUAAUGUUAUAAGCUAUUUGUUUAGCUUCACUCAUCAUAAGUGAAAUGCCUUUCAGUAGGGAUAAAAAAUUCUUUGAUCUUGAAGAAUUUGAAAAAGUGACUGAGAACUCAAAAUAUAGUUAAUAAUCUUUAGAACAAUAUAUAAAAACAAAGGAUGAAAUGAUUGGUCAUUUAAAUGAAAGAUUGAAUUCUUAAGGGGUUAAGAUUUGA